AAUGAAUGGUGGACAAUGGUGGAUGAGCUUCAAACUAAACGAGUGGUUACCAUCAUUCCUUGCUUGAUUUCAACACCUCAUUCCACCUCUUUUUCAACCCAUCUCCUCUUCUUCCUUUCCCACCGCCUCCCACCUCCACCACAGUCAUCACAUACAACGACCUUCCGUUUCUCCGUCCAACAAUGGCAGCCUUCACAAACCUUAUAAUCAAACCCCCUCAAAAUCUAUACUCCACAACCAAACUCAAUACUUUCUCUUGGGGUUACAACCCUAAACUCCAAUCGUUCUUCCCCACCAAAACCAAAAUUUCCCUACAACCACUAUCCACGAUAAAAGCCGCUGCUACCACAUCCAACGUAGAAAAAGGCAGCGCCGGUGGUGGAGCUGCCAAAACCAAGGAAGAAGACAAAGUACGGCACGUCCACACAGUGGAGGAGUUCGAGACGGCGUUACGUGAUGCCAAACAGAAGCUAGUCGUGGUUGAAUAUGCAGCAAGUCACAGCAAGGAGAGCAGCAAGAUGUAUCCGUUCAUGGUGAAUUUAAGCAAGACAUGCAGCGACGUGGUGUUUCUGCUGGUGAUGGGUGAUGAAUCCGAUGAGACGAGAGAGCUUUGCCGGAGAGAGAAGAUAGAAAAGGUGCCUCAUUUUAGCUUCUACAAGAACAUGGAGAAGAUCCAUGAAGAAGAAGGGAUUGGGCCUGAUAUGUUGAUGGGUGAUGUUUUGUACUAUGGUGACAGUCACUCCGGCGUGGUACAACUCCAUAACAGAGAAGAUGUUGAGAAGCUAAUAGCCGAUCACAAGGCAGAUCAAAAGCUAAUUGUCCUCGACGUUGGCCUAAAACAUUGUGGCCCUUGCGUGAAGUUCUUGAAAGAUAUGGAGGUUGUUGAGGUCCCAACCUUUUUGUUUAUUAGAGAUGGAGAGAUAUGUGGGAGGUAUGUUGGGUCAGGGAGAGGGGAGCUUAUUGGAGAAAUUCUUAGAUACCAAGGAGUUCGGGUCACGUACUAA